AGAGGAGGAAAGGCGGAGAAGAAUAGGGGAGGAAGAGAGAAGGAGAAGAAUGAAGGAGGAAGAGAGACGGAGAAAGGAGGCAGAGGAGGAAGAGAGGCGAAGGUUUGAGAAGGGAAGAAGGCACUGGGGAGAAGAUAGCUACGAGGGUCCAAGAGUGGAUAAAGGACAGGCCACAUGGUCGACGAAUAAGAAAAACGUAGUAAUAGAUGAGAGGAAGGAAUGGAACACAGGUGGAGGAAGAUCACGCGAUGGGAGAUUUAGACCGGGCCAAGUUGAUGAAAGGAGGAGAUGGGAGACGAGAGAUAGGGGGCCAGUAGAUGAGGAUAAACAGCGGAGAACGGAUAGGGUGGAUAACAGGAGGUGGUGGGAAAGAGAAAGAAAUGUGAGUGUAGUUGGAGAAGGGAGAUGGAAGCCAGACCAUGUCGACGAAAGGAGAUGGAAAACAGGCGGAGAAAGGCCAGGAGAUAGAAAGGAGACAAGGAGAACGGACCAAAUUCAUGAAACGAAGACAUGGGAGAUAGAUGGAGGAAGCCUAGGAGAUAUAGAGGGGACAUGGAGACCAGACCAAAUAGACAAGGAGGAGAGGUGGCAUGUAGAUCAAAAUGUAUCAGUGGAAGAGGGAGGGGAAAGGGAAGGAAGAGGAGGAGGAAAAGAAAGAGAAGGAGAAGGAAGGAACGGAGAGGGCAGGAAGCACUGGACAGUUAUUGAGACCAACGUGUCAGUGGUGGAGGAAACAGACAGGGUGGUGCCAAAAGUUAAUGGGUCCCCUGAUGCGACUCGACACUGGGGCACAGACGAGAAGACCAUGAUAGUUGAUGAGGAGCGGCAGGGAGUGGACACAGAGGAAGACAUGCAAGAGGAGAAAGAGGUAUGGCCGAUGGAAGAGGAAGAAGUGGGAGAGGAGGAGGUGGAAGUGGGUGUGCCGUCGAUAGGAGAGGAGGAGGAUGGGGUUGAAGAGACGCCAUCAAUAGGAGAGAAGGAGGAGGAGGUGGAGGAAGUCGGAGAGGUUGUGUCGUCAACGGAAGAGGAAGACGAUGUAGUGACGAUCUCCGAGCACACCACCAACGUCACCACAAUACACCACACAUGUCCCCCAGGGUACUACGGACCUGUCUGCCAGCACCCUUGCCAACAAGGUUUUUACGGGCCAGGAUGUAAACAGGUGUGCCAGUGUCAAAAUGGAGGGACGUGCGAUGUGGUAUCAGGGACAUGCACGUGUCCGCCAGGUGUAUCUGGGACACUGUGUGAGGAUGGCUGCCCGGCAGGGUACUAUGGGUCCUCAUGUCGUAGGAGAUGCCCCAUGGUGUGUCCCAACAAACACUGCAACAGAUUCUUCGGGUUCUGUGAGUGUGACCUGGGGCGCUUCGGACCCACCUGCACUUUGCCCUGCCCCGCCUUCACCUGGGGUGGUAACUGCCGCCACCACUGUCAGUGCACGAUCCGCACCACCACCCGCUGCCACCCAGAGACAGGUACGUGUGAGUGUCAGCCUGGCUACGUGGGGGUCGACUGCUCUGAGGGGUGCCGGCCUGGACUUUGGGGUGACGGGUGCCAGCAAAAGUGCCAGUGUACCAACGGUGCCGCCUGCCAUGCUUCCACUGGCACCUGCGUCCAGGACUGCCCCGCUGGACUUACUGGAAAGGACUGUCGGACUCCAUGUGAAGGGGGACACUAUGGGCCGGGGUGCGUCGAGACCUGUCAGUGCGGGGACCGAACCUGUGAUCCCGUGACCGGCGAAUGUCGGUGUCCACCAGGCAGCCACGGGCCAAACUGCAGUCAGCGUGAGUAGUGUAACAGCUGUGUGAGUGACAUAGCAGCUGUCUAAGUGACAUAACACCUGUAAUAGUAGCAUAACAUGUGUGAGUGACCUAACAUGUCUCUGGAAUUGUAACACCUGUACAGUAUUAGCAGCCUAACAGAUGUGUAAAUGAUGUAACAUCUGUAUAUUUGACAUAACAGCUGUGUGAGUGAUGUAACAUCUGAAUGAGCGACGUAACAUACCGUAACACGUGUGUUAGUAAUGUUACUUCUUAAAUUGGGUUACUCACCCCUUGAGUACAAUGACUUACGCUACCAGUACAAUAACUAACCCUUUGAGUACGAUCACUAAUCCUUGGAGUAUUGGUCACUAAUGAUUUGAGUAUAAUCCUUAACCCUUUGAGUAUGAAGACGAAAUCACUUGAGGACAAGGAUUAAAUAUUAACACUACAGACAAGUUCUAAUACAGUACUGCAAUUUAACCCUUUCAAAUAUCUGUCAAUACUGUAGAUAGAUAGAUAGAUAGAUAGAUAGACUGACUGAUUGAUUGAUAGAUAGAUAGAUAUAUAGAUAUACUGGUUGGAUUGUAAUACAGACAGA